GGACAAACCAGUUUGUGGCCGGAGGGUGUGCACCUUCCAGCCCUACCAGCCUGUCAGGCUCGUCCCUGCACCAGAACCUCCCGUCAUUCUCCUGGCUGCUUCAGUCCAAACACGAUGCCGCUCUACUCAACGCUGUCUGGGGGGAAAUCUGGCUCUCCUAAGGCUAUGGACACACAGUCCGAUGGGAAGUCCUUUGAGCAGCUGAGGCAGGAGUGUCUGCAGGCGGGGGUUUUGUUUGAAGACCCAGACUUCCCUGCCCAAGACAGCUCUCUGUUUUACAGUCAGAGCGUGCCUGUAAAUUUUGAAUGGAAGAGACCCAAGGAGCUCUGUAAUAAUCCCAAGUUUAUUGUGAGCGGUGCCAGCAGGACGGACAUUUGCCAAGGACAGUUAGGGGACUGCUGGCUCCUCGCCGCUAUUGCUUCCUUAACCUUGAAACAAGAUGCUCUGGCCAGAGUUAUGCCCCCUGACCAGGACUUCGACCGCAAAUAUGCCGGCAUCUUCCACUUCCAGUUCUGGAUGCACAAUAAAUGGUUGGACGUGGUGGUGGACGACCGGCUGCCUACAGUUAGGAACCAGCUGGUGAUGCUGCACUCCACAUCCAAAGAUGAGUUCUGGAGUGCCUUGCUGGAGAAAGCCUACGCCAAAGUUCAUGGGAGCUAUGAGUCCCUGAAGGGCGGCAGCACGAUGGAGGCCAUGGAGGAUUUCACCGGUGGAGUGGGAGAAAUGUACGAAACCAACAACUCUAAAGAUGACCUCUUCCCCAUCAUGAAGAAGGCCCUGGACAGAGGCUCUAUGUUGGGAUGCUCCAUUGACAUCUCCAGUUCUGCAGAGUCUGAAGCCAAGACGACCACUGGCCUUGUGAAGGGACAUGCCUACUCCAUCACAGGCGUGGAGGAGGUGAAUUUCCAAGGACGGAAGGUGAGGCUGGUCCGAGUCAGGAACCCCUGGGGUCAGGUGGAGUGGAACGGACCUUGGAGUGACAAUUCGUCUGAGUGGAAUUAUGUGGACAGAUCAGACAAAACACGCCUUCAGCAGAACGCCAUAGAUGAUGGUGAAUUCUGGAUGGAAUUUGAGGACUUCAAGAAAAACUACGAUAAGGUGGAGAUCUGCAACAUGAGUCCUGACUCCCUGAUGGAAAACACAAAGCACCAGUGGGAGGUCAGUGUGUUUGAGGGCAACUGGAUACGUGGUUCCACCGCUGGAGGCUGCAGGAAUUACAUCGAUACCUUCUGGACCAACCCGCAGUACAAACUGAGGCUGGAGGACACUGACGAUGAUGAAGAUGAUUUGUGCAGUGUCGUCAUCGCCCUGAUGCAGAAGAACAGACGCAGGUUGAGGAAGGAAGGCCUGGAUCUGCGGACCAUCGGCUUCACGAUCUACGAUGCUCCACGAGAAGUGGACCAAGUAGGGAAGGAUUUCUUCCGCUACAAUCCAUCCAAAGCUCGUAGCAAGACCUACAUCAACCUGAGGGAGGUGUCUGAGCGCUUCAAGCUGCCUCCUGGUGACUACAUGGUGAUCCCGACCACCUUUCAGCCCCACGAGGAGGCCGACUUCCUGAUCCGCGUCUUCUCUGAGAAGAAGGCUACAGCUCUAGAGAUGGGAAGCAAUGUUGAUGCUGACCUGCCAGAGCCGCCGGCACCCAGCCCUCCAGAGGAGGAGACAGACGAGGAGAAAGGCCUGAGAAGGCUGUUUAAACAGCUGGCCGGACAGGAUCAGGCCAUCUGCGCCACGGAGCUCCAGCAGCUUCUGAACGGCGUCCUCAGCAGACGAAAAGAGAUCAAAUUUGAUGGUUUGAGUCUCGGCACUUGUCACAGUAUCAUCAACCUGAUGGAUGUGGACAAUACAGGGAAGCUGGAGUUCCAGGAGUUUAAGGUCUUCUGGGAAAAGAUGAAGAAGUGGAUUAUGCUCUUCUUGUCCUUUGACACCAACAGGUCAGGAAAGAUGUCGUCUUACGAGCUCCGCAACGCCCUUGACGCUGCAGGUAUGCACCUGAACAACAAGCUGCUGCAGCUAAUCGCCCUGAGGUUUGCAAAUACAGAACACGACAUCGACUUUGACGACUACCUCACCUGCAUCGUCCGUCUGGAGAACAUGUUCAGAGCGUUCCAGACUUUAGACAAAGCAAAGAUGGGGAAGGUGAACAUGAACUUGAUGCAGUUUUUGAUGCUGUCCAUGAACGUUUGAGGAGAUGCUAAAAGCAAACAAAAGCUGUCAGAAGAAUAAAGCGCAGCAGAUUGAGACUUGGCUUUCAAACGUACCUCUUUUUCAUCUUUUAAAUGCAUUUUAUGAGCCACUGUGUCAUGUGAUGUGCAGAUGGGGGGGAAAAUAUAAACAUUUUGAUCAAUUCUGCUGUUGGACUAAACACUCCAUUCAUAGAAGAUGCUAUAAAUGACAGGCAAAGGGUCAGUUAUGCGUUUUUCUUCUGUAACAUUGUUGUCUCAUAAUGUCACAAAUAUCUAACAAAAUAAUCAAUAAAUUUGGAAUAAAA